AUGGGGAAUGUGAAACGAUGGACUGUGACCUAUACGAAGCACAUCAAGCAAAAACGCAAAAAGUACCAAGAUGGUUUUCUAGAACUCGAGAGUUCAACUAACAAGGUUAUGCUUUAUGAUGAGUGCGACAAUCUCUUGGAAUGUAGGCUAUUGAAGAGCGAUGAAACUGUCACGUCUGGUGAAACUCUGGUGUUCAAUGGCUACCUUGUUGACAUCGGUGAUCCUGAGGGAGAUAAUAACCCUAUUUCUGAUUCAAAUGUUGAUAAAGCACAUAAGAAUAUUGCACGGGGAUUUAAUAGGUUGAAUGGGUCAAACAUUAGGACUUCAGCAGGCGACAGCAAAACUAAUGUAAAGGAGAGCAAAGCACAUCAUGCUCUCAGCCCAUCACAAAAGAUUAUUAAAGAGUUUAAGAAGAGAGAGCUUCUUAAGUAUGGAUCACCAAAGAUCAGUCCGGAAACAACAAAACCCAACACAUCAGAGUGGCAGGUUUUGUACACUACACAAGUGACUCAAAAGGCAAAGAAGUACCACGAUGGUUUUCUGAAACUUGUGGUUUCUGGAUCCAAUAGUAGACAGGUAAUGCUGUUUGAUGCAAGCAAGAAACUUCUAGAUAGCAAAUUCCUCAAGAAAGAUGACAUAAUUAAACCAGGCGAAUCACUUGCAUUUGAUGCAUAUUUGGUUGACAUUGGUGAUAAUCAAGGAAAUCAUGAACCAGAAUCCAAUGAUCAAGGUGAAAAAAGCACAGAUGCUGAGGAAAUCAGGAAGAUGCACCGGCAGCAAUCUUGUCAUUACACCAAUGUAACUGCAAGAAAAAGCGAGUGGCUGGUGUUAUAUUCAACGAGGUCCAAUAAAAAAUCCAAGACUUACCACGAUGGUUUUUUGCAACUUGAAAUUUUUGGAUCUCGGGGGAGACAGGUUGUCCUGUGUGAUUUGAACAAAACACCAAUAGAGCGCCGGUUCUUGAAGAAAGAUGAAGUUAUAAGGCCUGGUGAAUCAAUAUACUUCGAUGGCCAUCUUGUCGAUGUAGGAGAUCCCAGAGAAAGCCAUCAAUGUCCAGUGAAUUCUGAUGAGAAAGGAACUGGGGAUAAUUUUGGUCAGAGGAAACAAAGACAUGAACAAAACGGCUGUCUAAAGGCCAACCCAGUUGUCGUCAAAGUGGAGCCUAACAGUAAAGCUUAUUUAGCAAAAGAAGCAAAUGCGAACUCCCUCUGCUCUGGGUCAGACGUGAUCGAAUCAAGCAGGAUAGUCCCACCAAUCAAGCCUUUACGUGACACCCAUCAAAUACUGUCUCUUCUACAAAACCGUCUGGCUCCGAAGAGCAAAAUUACAGGUAGUGGACCAACAAUUGCCUCGGCACCCAGUCACAAUUCAUCUGAAAAUUUUCGAGAUAGGGAAUCCAUUGAGACUGUGAAGUCUUCCAAAGAUUCUGCAGCAGCAAGUGGUGGUGUCAGUUUGCAAUUCACCGAUAACAUCGGAAAUUCCCACCAGCCCGAACCAUGCAAGGAAGCCCAGACAAAUACAAGUGAGGCAGUCUUUGAUUUUUCCAAGUCAAGUUCGGGUGCUAAUUCAUCUUGUUCUGUUACCAGCAAAGAUGCCUUUUAUGAAUAUAUUGGAGAGAUGCUGCUUUUGACACUUCGUGGGAAUAUGGUUCUGUGCGAUUAUGGUUAA